AUGGGUAUCGACGACAUCGUCUCGUCGUCGACAUUUGGGCGGAUAUUUCGUCUCAGAGGCUCUGGCCAUCCGGACGAGGUCCCUACAGCUACCUUCCUCAACGAACUCCGGGCUGGAGUAACAACCUUUGCGACUAUGGCCUACAUCAUUGCCGUCAACGCUGCUAUCCUCUCACAAACUGGAGGGCCUUGCGAAUGUGACCUACAAAACAGAAUGGAUUGCGAUACCUUGGAUUCAUACGCCACUUGCAAGGAAGAUGUGCGGAGAGAUUUGAUUACCGCAACAGCUGCCGUGGCUGGAUUCUCCAGCUUUUUGUUCGGGUUCUUCACGAACUUGCCCGUUGCUCUCGCACCGGGCAUGGGCCUCAACGCUUACUUCGCUUUCCAAGUCGUUGGCGUGAAUGGCACCGGAGCUAUACCAUAUAGACUCGCGCUGACAGCAGUUUUCGUUGAGGGCUUGGUCUUUAUCUUCCUUGCCUUGACCGGAAUGCGUCAAUGGCUAGUCAAAUUGAUUCCUGCCACCAUUAAAACCGCUACUGGGGUUGGUAUUGGCUUGUUCCUGACCGAGAUUGGUCUCUCGUACUCGGCAGGAAUUGGAGCUAUCACAGGCAUGUGCGACGGCGCCCUCAUGUCCAAUCCCAAGGUAAACUGUGGAUACCCCGGAGGGGAACUCGCGGUUGGAUGCAUGAUGAUCCGCCAAAUCACGGCCAUCAACUGGCGAUAUGUAGGAGACGCAAUCCCGUCAUUUGUCGUCCUAGCAUUCAUCCCGUUCAGCUACAGUGUGGCUUACGGACUCAUCGCGUAA